AUGGACAGUGCCCUCAUCUAUAAUCCUGCUUUUGGUACGGAAGAAGACAUAGAGGAGCAGGUAAUCUUUUCCUACGGCCAGUCAAAUGGUAGCGAGCUAACACAAUUAGGUGUGGCUCAGGGCGUUGUUGAGUUGGCAAACACGUUUGACGGGAACCCCGUGUCCUGGCUCAAGACCGCCACACACCUGGUGAUUGUACGACAACUGGAGCCAACAAACCCGGAAAACUGGCGCCAUGGAUACUGGUUCACAUGUAUACUGAAGAUUGAUACUGAAAUAGUCACCCAACCGGACUCUUUUGCCCAAAUAGUGAAUGAGGCCUACCGCAGAUGGUCUCUCCAUAACGGGCCAUUGGCUAGCGCUGAUCGCGAAAAACUCUCGAAAUGGUGGUUUGCAUUUUGCGAAAAUUGGAACGGAGUAAACGAGUCAGGAGCAGCCGGAAUGUACGAAUAUUUACGGAUCAAACCUGGCCUGCUGAGCCCCAGCGCAGUUGUAGGCAUAAAUGAGGUACUUGAGGAAACUGGUGCAAGUGAUCUACUGGUUACCACAUUCAGCGAUGCCGCAUAUAUCUGGCCAGGUAGCGACAGUUUGCCGUAUGACUUCAAACUGGCUUUGCAGCUGUGGCUAGCCGAGUGUGCUAUUGCGGUUGACAGUGCAUAUAGCGAGUCUUCAGGCUAUGUUUAUCAUUUACGAAAGGAUUUCUGCGUAAAAGAAGCCCCGCAAGUGCCUGCUGAAGAGCCCCAAGAGUCAUCAUCUUGGUUUACUUUGUCAGUACCAACGCUGUCCAUGCCUUCAAUUUCGUUACCUUCACUAACCUCAUUGACGUCGCUUCCUGCAUUCUCGUUACCAAGGUUUUCAUCGCCUACUCCGGAGGCGGUAGAUGACUAUCCCGAAACAGGGUUUGUGCCCGCCAGUAAGGUGUACGUAUCCGGCAAGCUAGCAAGUCUCAUGAUUUUCCGUCGGAAAAUGUAUACCUACACGUUGAUAUUUGAUAAAGAAGCAAAGCCAGCACCAAUUGUUCAGAGAUCGCUGGAAGUUCUUGCUGAGCAAUUGGAAGCCUUCAAUUUUGCAGCUGCUCCUCCAGCGUCGUUUGACUAUCUUGUGGUCGAUCACUCACGAAAGGCGGUUCAUUCAACUCUUGCAACCCACGAUCACGCAUUGCAAGAAAUGGUCGCGUCACUGUUACGUGAAGUGGCCUCACGACCAUUUGCAACCGAACAGAUCGCGCGCACAGCUCACAACUGGUGGACAUACUGGUUGCGAUUAGAUAAAUCUACAGAAGCAGUGUUUUGCAACCGGUGGAGUCCUCUAGAUACAAAAUCGCUGUUCGGUCCAUUGAACAGCGAUUCUCAGAAAUGGAUCAAUACUUAUAUGCCCCAUCUUAGGCCUGAGGUUCCGAAACAGCUUCCGGGCGAUGCUUCUUCAGAAUAG